AUGAAACUUCCAUCGAUAAUCGUACUUUUAAUUCAUAUCAAUUCGGCUUAUGAAGGAUCCUGUAAUUCUGGAAAAUUGACAGACCAAGAAAAUAAGCAUAGGCUGAACACUUGUGGAAUCGAGGGACUUCCCCAACCAUCUCCUGACUCCGUCGGUUCUGAUGUUCCCUAUCUAUCCGAUACUUGGUUAUGUUGGGGACAAAACGACCCGAGUGAUGAAUCGAUAUCCACUGCUUCUCUCAUAUCACCCAGACAUCUUAUCACUUCUUCGGAACUGGUGCUGACUAGAGAAAUGCAUUGGAGAGCAAAUGGUCGAAAUUUUGAUUUUCAGGAGGAUUGCAGAAAAAAAGAGAGAGCCAAAAAUUUUUUUUUAAUGGUUUUUUAUUCUGGAAAAUGCAUUUUGUUCAGACAUCUGGAGCUGCCAGAGAAACAUCUAACCGGUCUACAAUUUACUUUGCAUCGAUGCUAUGACCCGACAGAUGCAAAAUGUCAGGGCAAUGUUCUUCUGGCAAAAAGAGCUUAUAUUUUGGAUAUUUGCCUAGAGUCGGGUUACAUUCAAGACCAUUUCAGGGAAGUUUUCUCGCCAAUGAUCGUAGAAAUCGAUUAUGGUUUUAAUGGAAGCACUCCAUGUCUAGCUGAUAAUCGUAUGAAAAUUUUUAAUGGAUCAGAAGCGGAUUCAUAUGGAUUGGGGAGGUUUGAAGAACAGAGAUAUACAAUGAAGCAUAGGAAAUUAACUAUAGCACAUACUGAUAAUUUGCUUGUUUUCACGGAAUCUUAUAAGGGAGAACAAAGGAGAGGGGGUCCAUUGAUUCAAAGAAAUCCAAACACUUCGAAAUGGACAAUUAUUGGAUUCCAAGCUUCUAAUAAUAUGAAGCUUUCUGCAUUUUUCAACAUGAAACGUCUCCAAAAUGUUCUUUGUGAAUUAAUUGGGAUUUGCCCGUUUUCUAAUUCUGAAAUCAUGUUCUCGAUGUCUUCUGAAUUCCCUAUCAGUACUUCUACAUCAUCUGAGCCUACAGUAUCCAACUCCACGUCUUCCGAAAGUUUAACUUUUACUUCCAAAGCGUCAACACCCAUAACUAGGAAACCCAAACCAUCAGUUCCAUCGAAUACAAAAACUACAAUAAAUCUAAAACUCGACGACUCUUUCGAAUCUAUCCCUGAAGAAUUGGAAAAAGAUUAUGAAGAAAAUGAAGAGAAAGGAGACGAUAUGGGUAUUGAUCUUUAUGUUAGCAGGGAUUUUUUCACGGGUGGAAAUCGAGGGAAAGGAGAAAUUAGUUGGGAACAUUUGGUUUUUUUUUCUUACUUUGUUUUUGACUUUAUGAAUUAA